CUUCUCCUCUUUCUCGCUUUCUCAAUCUCUUCUCCACGUCAGCAUUUGCUACCGUGCGUAAGCCAUGGUGCCCCGCCCACGCGACGCCCCGACGCCGCCGCUGCCGCUGACCGCGCUCGCGCUCGUGUUCCACGCGCUCAACACGGGCGCCGCCGUGUACCGCGGCCGCCGUGACGCCAGGGCCGUGGCGUCCACGCUCGCGCCCUCGCUCGCGCUCGCGCUCCUCCUCCUCUGCGUCCGCCUCCUCGAGGGGACGCCGCCAGCCGGCGCCUCCAGGCGCCGGCGCCUCCGCGCCGCGGUCUGGCUGCUCUCCGCCGCGCUCACGGUGGCGUUCGCGCGCCGCUUUGCGGCGGCGGUGCCGCCCUCGGGGGCCGCCCUCGUGUGGGCGAUGAGCGCCGCGACCGUCUCCGUAGGGUUCUACGCCCUCGUCGUCGCCGUCGGCCACCGCGGCGGCGGCGUCAUCGUCGUCGCGGCGGAGGACGAGGCACCCGGCUGCUUAGCGACGCAGCGACACAACAAUACACGGCAAGGCAAUACAAUGCCAGCCAUGGGGGAUUGAAGUAGCGCAAGCAACAUUGCUACCAAUAAAUAAAAUGAUCUGAUGCACGAGCUGCAUUCUCUGUAUUGUUUUCGUUUCAUGUAUGCAAGCGAAAUGUCAUGUUAGUUAAUCAGGUGAUCCAUACACAAAAUAAUUUGAUUAAAUGGAUCGCAGUAUACGAUUGAAGUA